ACUUCUGAUCCUCCUGCCCUGCUUCCCCAGUCCUGAGAUUAUAGAUAAUAAAGAAGAAAUAAUCUUAGGUUUACAUCAUGGACAAUAACACAAAGGAGAUGAAUAACAAUAACAAAGAUGAUCUUCUACUUAGGAUGGGACUAAAUGAUAACAAAGCAGGAAUGGAAGGAUUAGAUAAAGAGAAAAUUAACAAAAUUAUAAUGGAAGCCACAAAGGGGUCCAAAUUUUAUAGAAAUGAGCUUAAGAAGGAAAAGCAAGUCAACCAGCGGAUUGAAAAUAUGAUGCAACAGAAAGCUCAAAUUACCCACCAGCAACUAAGGAAAGCACAAUUACAGGUUGACAGAUUUGCAAUGGAACUAGAACGGAACCGGAAUUUGAACAAUACCAUAGUGCACGUUGACAUGGAUGCUUUCUAUGCAGCUGUAGAGAUGAGGGACAAUCCAGAAUUAAAGGAUAAACCCAUUGCUGUGGGGUCAAUGAGUAUGCUGUCUACUUCAAAUUAUCAUGCAAGAAGGUUUGGUGUUCGUGCAGCCAUGCCAGGAUUUAUUGCUAAGAGACUCUGCCCACAACUUAUUAUAGUGCCCCCAAACUUUGACAAAUAUAGAGCUGUGAGUAAAGAGGUUAAGGACAUACUUGCUGAAUAUGAUCCCAAUUUUAUGGCCAUGAGUCUUGAUGAAGCCUACUUGAAUAUAACAAUGCACUUACAAGAAAGACAAAAUUGGCCUGAGGACAGAAGAAGGUAUUUCAUCAAAGCAGAAAACUCUGUAGAAAUUGAUAAACCAGGAGAGGAAGUGAAGAAACUGAGAGAGUAUGAAUGCUCCAUCUCCCCACUGCUUUUUGAAGAUAGCCCUCCUGAUACGCAGCCUCCAGGAAGUCCUUUCCAACUGAAUUCUGAAGAACAAAACAGUCCUCAAAUACUCCAAAAUUCAGUUGUUUUUGGAAUAUCAGCCGAGGAAGUGGUAAAGGAAAUUCGCUUCAGAAUUGAACAAAAAACAACGUUAACAGCCAGUGCAGGUAUUGCCCCCAAUACAAUGUUAGCAAAGGUGUGCAGUGAUAAGAACAAACCAAAUGGACAAUACCAAAUUCUCCCCAGCAGACAAGCAGUGAUGGACUUCAUCAAAGACUUACCAAUUAGGAAGGUUUCUGGAAUAGGAAAAGUCACAGAAAAAAUGUUAAAGGCUCUUGGGAUUAUUACUUGCACAGAGCUCUACCAACAAAGAGCAGUGCUUUCUCUUCUUUUCUCUGAAGUGUCUUGGCAUUACUUCCUUCACCUCUCCCUGGGUCUAGGUUCAACAGACCUGGAAAGGGAUGGAGAAAGGAAAAGUAUGAGUGUUGAAAGGACGUUCAGUGAGCUGAGUAAAGCGAAAGACCAGUACAGCUUAUGCCGUGAGCUUUGCGCUGACCUUGCUCAGGAUCUCCAGAAAGAAGGACUUAAGGGGAGAACUGUUACCAUUAAACUGAAGAAUGUGAACUUCGAAGUCAAAACUCGUGCCUCUACAGUUUCAUCUGCUGUUUCUACUGCAGAUGAAAUAUUUGCCGUUGCUAAAGACUUGCUAAGAACGGAAAUUAAUGCUGAUUCUCCACAUCCCUUGAGAUUAAGGCUUAUGGGUGUUCGAGUGUCUGCUUUUUACAAUGAAGAAAACAAGAAACAGCAACAAAGGAGCAUCAUUGGCUUCUUACAGACUGGAAACCAAGCCUUGUCAUCCACUGGGUGUUCACUAGAUAAAACUGACAGAAACGAGUUUGUAAAACCUCUAGAAAUGUCUCAUAAGAAAAGUUUCUUUGAUAAGAAGCGAUCAGAAAGGAUAUGGAGCCAUCAAGACACAUCUAAGUGUGAAAUUGUGGAUAAACAAAGUUUACAGACCUCACAACCAUUCCAAGUUUUAAAGAUGAAUGAGAAUUUAGAAACACCAGAGAAUUCAAAUAACUGUCAGACAUUUACUUGUCCAGUUUGCUUUAGUGAGCAAGGAAGCAUCAAUCUGGAAGCCUUUAAUAAACAUGUAGAUACAUGCCUUGAUGAACCAUUAACCAGUGAGGACUCAAAAAUGUCCUCUUGUUCACGUGCUUCCUCUUCAGAAGCUUAUCAGGAAGAAAAUGCACACAGUUCUUCCCUUUGUGAGAAGCAGGAUUGUGAAACUUAUCCCAAAAAUAUAGAAGUCUCUUCAGUAGAUGGUGGAGAUUUGGUAGAAACUGAAGAUAGCUCAUCAAAAGCAGCAAGUAUGAACACUUCAGCGAAUAAUUGCAGCAAGGAGGAAUGUUGUAAUAUUAUAAACAAGUCUUCCAGUCCUUUUUCAUUGGAAAAUGAAAAUGUCAAGAUACUAAGUCAGCAAGAAUCCUUCCAGCCUCGUACAAAUGAAGUAACAGGCCAGGCUCUAGUUUGUCCUGUUUGUAACCUAGAACAAAAGACAUCAGAUCUUACCCUGUUCAACGUGCAUGUAGAUAUUUGCUUAAAUAAAGGCAUUAUCCAAGAGCUGAGAAAUAAUGAAGUUAAUUCAGUUAACCACCCCAAAAAAAGCUCCAGAAGUAUAGGCUGCACAGACAGAGUGCAGAAGGCUUCAGGAAGAACAAAGAGGCCAGGACUGAGAACAAAGCACUCGACAUCAAAGAAAAAAAAACCAAACAAUCCCAGACAUACCCUUGAUAUAUUUUUUAAAUGAAGUUUGAACAUCUUAUCUAAUUUUUAUUGAAAUUUGUUAUUUUAUGAUCAAUGAAUUUAUUCUUCCUUGUUUUAAAUUUAUUCAUUUAGCAAAGAUAAAUGGGAUAAUGCCUCCCCAAAUAAUGUUUCUUUUAUAAGAAUGUAGAAUAUAUAUUAAUUUACUUCUUUAUAUUUUCUUAAAUCAGUCAUGUUAGGGAUAACUUUAAAAUAAAAGAAGUGGGGUCCAAAAAUGGUAUAUUAUUUUAUAGUGAAUAUAAAACCAUGUAUAUGGGCUCUUGGAGUCUCAUAUGAAGCAGUCUGAGCAUAAGACUCUUUCGGUGCUUGACUACUACGUUGGCCCUGAUCCUGCUAUCUGUGCUCUUGAUGUUUAACUGCUCCAUGAGCAUUCACAAUGAAAGUGCACUGUUAAGUUCUGUGAAGAAUCCGAGCGUCCCAGAACUAGCAUGAGUGCUUUUUACCACAGGAAAACAAUGUCACAGUACUACCUGUGUUAGAAGGACUUAUGUUCAAACUAUUAUUUGUUCUUAUUUAAAAUUCUUUUAUCUUAUGAAUAAGCACUUGGCUCACUUUAAGAAAUAUUUAGUCUACAAAGUUAUUUUAAUGUAAGACUUUUAAAUGGUAGUACUUCAUUUCUUAACAAUGAUGCUUGCACUUUCUAGAUAUCUAUAAAAAAGAGAUACUAUGUAUAGUCAUUUUAUUUUCAUUCAAAAUGAACAAUGUACAACUCAAAAAUUAAUGUAUAUGAAAAACAUCACACUUAGUUGCAUACCUGUCACAUUUUUAUUAAUAUCUGUAAGAGAAGAAAGAUUUACAGUAGUUAAGUUAAGUAUUUACUCCAUGCGUAGUGCAAACUAACAAAUUCUUACUGAAAAGCAGUUAUUUGAUUGUAUAUGAAGAUAGAAACCAUUUCUGCUACAGCUUUAAAGAACUGAAUUUUUUCUUUAAGUUCUGGCCUUUCAUAUUUUAGUGCAUUAUUUAAAUGACCAGGGAAAUAAUAUUUUUUUUUUUUC